AUGAAAAUUUUAAAUGAUUAUUUUAAUUUACAGUAUUUUAAAAGUGUAUUCUUAAAUUUAUUAAAAAAAGAUAGCAAGACAAAUAUUUUUAAUGUAUCAUCUAGUAAUCCUAAUAAAGAUAAUACAAUAAUUACAUCUUUUUUUAAAUCAGAAGAUUUAUCUGAAAAUGACAGAAAUGUAGUAGAAUUAUAUAAUGAUAAGAAAAUUAGCAAAAGCAUGCUGAUUAAAUAUAUCGAAAGGAAAGACAAAACAUGGUUUAGAGGAAAGAUACAUUUAAUGUUAGUAUUUUUAUCUCCAAUAUGGAUAUUUCACAUGCUAAAUUUAUCAAAAACAGCUACAACAAAAAUGUGUACAUCAAUAGCAAUAUUAUGCAUUUUUUUUAAUUUUUUUGCAUCAUUUCUGUUGCAUAAUUUUGAAUGGAAACCUCAAUUUUUUUUUUUAAUUGAAAAAUUGGAUCAUUUUGGCAUUUUUUUAAUGAUAAGUGGAUCUUCAUUGCCAGUACAGGCAUUGUUAUUUAAUAAAAGGAAACUUCUUUUUUUUAUAUCACUCCAAUCUAUGUCUAUAUUUUUUGGAUUCAUUUGCAUUUUUUGUAGUUGCUUUUCUUCAGGAAAUAGAUUUAUAAGGGCAUUUACUUUUUUAUCAGCAGGAUUUUUACAUUCAUUAUUUCUCAAGGAUUAUUUUAUGUCAUUAUAUACUAGUGAAUUUAUAUUUUUAGUAGCACUAGCUGUUUUAUAUGUUAUUGGAGCUGUCAUAUAUUCAAUAAAAAAGCCAAACAUUAUUCCUGGUCUAAUUGAGUUUCAUGAAGUAUUUCAUGUUUGUUGCUUAGGAAGUGCCCUUUGUACUUUUGCUUUGAAUUGUAGUGUUAUAAAAAGAAACACGUAA